CAAUUAAGAAAAAAUACUCAGUCAUAAUUUAACAUCACCCCUGGAUCGCAAACACACAACUCAGGAGAAAGCAUCCGGCAGCCCUGGUCAGUUGGUUCGACGAACCGUACUCGUACCAUACAAAGCAAAAAGCACAAACAAACGAAACACGAAACACGAAACACGAAACACGAAACACGAGAUCCGAUCGACACCAUGGGAUCGAACAGGGCCGGCGCUGCAAUUCCCGCUUCCACCCGCCUUUUCCGCCUCGCGCUGCUCGUGCUGGCGGCGGUCGCCCUGGCGGAGGCCAAGACGAAAAAGAAGAUCGCCCUGGUGACGGCGGGCCUUCCCUGGAGCUUUGGCCCGUACCAGUCGCAGAUGCACCAGCUCUCCCUGCUCCUGCGCGACGGAAAGCUCUCGGGCAGCGACGAUUCCACCGAGUACGACAUCUACUGGGUGGCCGACACCGUCCAUAUCCCCUCCGGCGUCUACCGGGGCUACAGAGAUCUCCGCCCGCACAUCGGGAAGACCGUCCCCCCGAAAGAGGACUUCCCGCUGGACCACAUCACCUUUCUGGGCUGGGACACGCAGAUGAAAGCGAGCACGCUGAACCAGCUCGCAAAACAACACGGGAUCGACCUAAUGAUCACCCUCAUGGACAUCAGCCGGCUGGUGCCCGACGAGGCGCUCAAGCUGCCGGUCGUGGCGUGGAUCCCGCUCCACUCGGCCACCGUGGAGCGCUGGACCAGCGACUACUGGUCGCUCCGGUCCUACCACGGGAUCGCGGGCCUGGCACCGUCGGGGGCGGCGGCCAUCGAGGACGCCGUGGGAAAGAGAAUGGAACUCGGCGACGCCGGGCUCGAGGCGGUCUUUGGGAAGGGCGAGGUCGCCUUUGUCCCGCACAUGUUCGACAGGGAGGCCCUCAAUGCUUCGGCGGACAAGGGCCUCGGGCUCCUCGGUCGCAACCACGUGGCCCUCGUCGAUGCCGAGCUCACCGGAAUGCCGCCGAUCCUCGACCGCGCCCGGCCGGAGGCGCUGGAGGCCGGGGGGGGCCUCUUCGAAACCGACGGGGAGAACAGGCCCGACCCCCGCUUUCGCUUUGUCGUCCUGCUGCAGGGAGGAAACUACGACAAGCUGGACCGCAAGGGCUGGGACACCUCGCUCCAGGCCUUUGCGCGCUUCUACCACUCGCUCGACGAUCCCUCGGGGAUCCACCUCCUCAUCCACUCCAUGGAGAGCUACCUGGUCGCGUCGGACAGCAACAACGAGGAGGACGCCCCGCCCAUGGUGCUCCCACAGGGCUACAACAUCCGCCUGGCCCUGCACGAGCUCGGCCUGCCGAAAACCGCCUACACGGUCGACCAGGCCAAGCACGCACCCGAGGUGGUCGCGGCGUACAAGAAACGCGCGGACGUCUGCCUCCACCCGUCCAAGGUGGAGGGCUUUGGAAUGAACGUCAUGGAGUGCCAGAUCGUCGGGACCCCCGUGGUCACCACCAAGUACACCGCCAUGGAGGACUACACCAAAUUCGGCCGGUCCGUCCCGCCCCUCCAGACCAUCCGGAACCCGGAUCAGCUCUACAGCAUGGCGAUGCCCGACGUGGAGGGAAUCGCGGAGGCCCUGGGAGAGCUCUACCUGGAGCACAAAGCCCUUGCCGCCGGGGACGAGGGCUACAAGAGGCGCCGCGAGCAGGAAAUCGCAAGCUUCAACGACUGGCUCGAAACGACCUGCUCCCCGGACGCCGUGGCCGACAAGUUCGGGGAGCUCCUCCCCCGGGCCAUCGACGAGUUCUGGGCCCGGGAGACCGCCAGGGGCUUGCUCCUGACCGGGGCCGUUCCCACCGAGGGGGCCUACGAGGUCUCCUCGGGCUACCACGCCACGAUCGCCGACUGGGACGCCCCCUGGACGCUCAUGUCCCCGGACGGGACGGUGGUCACCGCCCCAGAAGAACUGAACAAGAUGGCGUGGAUGAUGCUCCUGGCGGACAACUCGUCGUCGUCCCCCGCGAUGGCCAUCGUGGUGCCGCCCACCUACGAGGACGGAACCAAGGCCGACGAGCGCCUCUUUAUGGAGGGAAAGCUUCCGUUGCUCGUCCGGACCUAUGUCCUCUGCUCGCUGCAGGGGGCUUCCACGCGGUUCAGCACCCUCAUGGCGCAGGCCAUCAACGUCGCCGGGAACAGCGUCAAGAGGAUGCCGGACGGCGUGGCGAUGAUCGACCGGAACACGAAAAAGGGGGCAACCACCGCACCGGAAGGCCGAAGCGAGCUGUAGCCGUGGCGUGGCGGCCCGCAGCGCAGCGCUGCGCUAGGAGCCCUUUGCCUGCCCGGGUGGUCUGUCUCUGGAGCGGAAGGCCGCGUGGUGGUUCCGUGCUCGUGUUCGGCAGGACGACGAGGUUUGUAGCCACGCCGUGUGGCACGCACAGUCUUCGUUUACGGUAGAGUUCGAUCGCAAAACACACAGCACACACACACACACACAAUGUAUUUUUCUAGGUUGCCUUUAGUAAAGUGCUAUCGGGAUU